AUCCUUUUCUUCCUUUGAAUCGAUAAAACAGCCACCAUGACCGUUCCGCUACAGUCAGCACCAAAAGUUGAACCUCCUCUAGGUCCAUUUGCCACUCUGCCACCAGACGUAGCUGGUCUCAAGAAACUCAAGAUUUUGCUGCUUGUCACUUCUAUCAACUCGUUCUCCCAGCGUGUGUUCAGUUAUUUACAAUACUUGGGCUUGAAUCAAGUUUCCGUCCAGCUCGCUACCAGCGACGAGGAUAUGUUAGAGGCUGCUGAAAGCUGGCAGCCUGAUAUCGUGCUCUGCCCUUUCCUUACCAAGAAGCUUCCCCCAAGCAUCCACAACAAGUGGAUUACCCUUGUCGUUCACCCCGGUCCUCCAGGCGACGCUGGACCCUCUUCUCUCGAUUGGGUCCUCUUGGGCGACACCGGAACUCAGUCGUCGUCUGCCGACCUUCUAGGACAACUCCUCGAGAGCAUUCCUUCCCCAACGCCGCAAAGAUCUCACUGGGGUACAAUCUGUUUUCAGGCGACAGAAGAUCUGGAUGGAGGCGCAGUAUGGGCUUGGGAGCAAUAUGAGCUACCUCGGCUUGGGACGGUCACAAAGGCGCAAGUUUAUCAGGGAUACCAUUCGGCGGCGGCUGUGAGCGCCGUGAUCCAUGCGUUGUGUCGGGUGUACGAACUUACAGCUGGUGCCGGCUUGCCCAAGGGGCAAUGGAUGAAUGCCGUUCCCAAGGAAACUUGGCAAACAAGAUGUGUGAGCUUGGGCGAGACUUUUAUGGGCGGGAAAACACAUGAAAGACCACUCUUACAAUCAGCCAAGCGCCGGCCGGAUUGGGAGAAACACACUGGCGAGGAUGUGUUGCGCAUCUUGAAUGCGGGCGACUCUCAGCCCGGUGCCAUGUUGCACGCACUCACUACAGAUGCCAAAUCAUCUCUCUUCGCUUACGGCGCUCAUUUGGAAAAUGCCUCUAUCCCUUUAGAACUGUACACCUCCUUGGGAUAUGAAACCUACGACGCAGUUCCCAACGGUCGGGCCAUCGCCACUCGAGACGGUGCAGUCUUCUUCAAAACCCGUCAAACCACGGGCGCUUCUGCUGGUAUCUGGAUUACCCAUGGUCGAGUCCCAAGAGGUAAAGACAAGCCGAUUGAUCCCAAAGUACCAAUGGUAGAGGCCAUCCAACUCGGCGGGCACGGACGAGCACUGGAAGGUGUCCAGGAGUGGAAGCAAGAUUCCUGGGAGCAAAAGGAGGGCGAAUGGCAGGAAGUGUAUGUGAAAAGUAUCAAGGAAGGUGAUGGGAUCGCUCAGCUAGUGUACUGGAACUUUUAUAACGGAGCUUUCACCACUGAAAACUGCAAAACCCUACUCUCCGCCCUGCAAUGGGCCACGUCCCCCGAACGCGGCAAUGUCAAACUCCUCGCUCUCAUGGGCGGCAACUACUUUUCCAACGGCAUCGCCCUCAAUACCAUCGAACACGCCUCUUCACCCGGUCUUGAAACAUGGCACAAUAUCAAUGCUAUUGACGAUAUCGUCUCUUUCCUCGUGUCCGACGUGUCUGAUGAAGUGCCGGCGUUUAUGCAAGGUAUUGAACCGCUUUGUAAGCGUGGUAUCGCGACCGUCGCGUGUGUGCGAGGGAAUGCGGCUGCAGGUGGGGUAGCGCUGGCGACGGCCUGUGAUGUGGUGCUUGCUGGGCGGGGGGUGGUGUUGAACCCUAGUUAUAGAGGUAUGGGUCUUCACGGCAGUGAACUGCAUUCCUUUUCUUACCUCCAGCGAUGUGGACGUAUCCACGCUGCCGAGAUUUUACGCGAGAUGAAGCCUCUCAACACCUCUCUCGCACAAUCCUACGGUCUCGUUGACGGUCAAAUCGGAUCAUCCUCACAGACUGUACUUGAGACCGAACCACUGUUCGUUGAGGCUGUUACGUCAAUCCUCACCGCCAAAACCUCUUCUGCGCCCUUCUCUUCGGCUCCUUGGGCCCGUUCUUCCGAUUUAACAACGGAGGGUAUGAGAGUAUCGUCAAAGUCAUGGGUCGACGACAUGUGCACCACCAAGUUAUGCACUUACACCGCCUCCCGCACUUUCCCUCCGCUCCAGCACUACCGUACGGAAGAACUCUCUCAAAUGCUUCUUGACUCUUUCCACCCUAUUCGUUCGCAGCGAUACCACACCCGACGCUACAGAUUCGUUCGUAAACUCAAAGCGACCGGUACACCCGCUCGAUACAAGUUGCACGGCGUUGUUGGACGUGAAGGAGAGAAAGUGGUGCAAGAUGAAGAGGAUAGAGAGGCGUUUGAUGAUGCGCCUGGAUGGGAGAAGGGGGAAGAAUGGGGAUGGGUGGGGAUGGCGGUGCCUGAGAGUUUAAAGACGAGCCAAGUGUUGAGAAUCCCGCUUUAUCCUUCUUCGUCGUCGUCUCCGUGUCAAUCCCAAUCCCAACCCCUGGCAAAUCCACCAGCACUCGAUGAAGAGUCUCGUCAAACUUCAUAUCUUUCUACAGAAACGAGUACGAGCAACACCUCUGGUCCGGAUGAGUCUUUGCCUCUUACCCCUCGCGCAAACUCGAACUCGAACUCGCCUCCUUGCCAAAUCAUCAGUGGGAAUGGUAAUGGUAAUGGCAAAGACGAGGGUGAUGGCUUUGCAAAGUCCUUGUCAUUUACCGACAAACUUUGCACCGCUCUAGGCCUCAAGACAAAAACUAAAAGCCCCAAACCUUUUUCUAGCGAAAAGAAGGAAAACUCAAUGCCGAUCUCCUCCCCCACCUCCCGCAUCUCUCCCGUCCCUCCAAUGUCCCACCCGGUAGUGAAUAGACCAUUGGGAAAAGGUGAACAGGCGAGCGAAUGGCCUUGUUUGGUGACGGGUGGUGAGGAGUGGGAAGGGAAGCGGGGGAAUGGUGCUGCUGAAGAUGGUAUCAAGGUGGACAUUUAGAAAGCUGGAAACGCCAUUGUCGUGCCAUGCCCAGCUAGAAUUUUCGGGAUACAGCAUUGGGGUUGGGGGGAUGUUUGGAAAUGGAAGUUUUGGGGUUGUACAUAUUAUGUCUUUCUGGGUGUAUAUUGAUCCUCUCUACAAA